AUGCAAGGAAAAUAUCGUGGUUUAAAAAGUUAUAUACAAAACGAAAAUCCCAGAGCCCUUAAUGUGUGGUGUUUUGCUCAUAUUUUGAAUUUGGUCGUGGUUAAUGCUUGUGAAUCUAGUAUUCACACAAAACAAUUUUUUACCACUGUCCAAGCUCUGACUGUUUUUAUGUCUGCCAGGAAAAGAAAUGCAGAAUUCAUUGAUAAUCAAACAAAUUUAUAUCCUAAUGGUAAAAUGCUAAGAUUGAAAAAUCUAUCAACAACUCGAUGGUGUUCACAUGAUCGUGCCAUCAAUGUAAUAUAUCAUAAAUACCUUGCUGUUAUUAAAACUUUAGAAAGUUUGCUAAAAUGUGAAGAUACCACAACUGUUAUUCAAGCCAGAGGAUUAUAUCAUAGUGUUUCAUCUUUUGAGUUUAUUGCUGUUAUGAUUUUCAUGAGAAAAUUAUUUGCUGUCACGACACCAUUAUCAAAUUACCUUCAAUCACCCAGUUUGGAUUAUGUGGAAGCCCUAUGUUUGGUUGAUAGUGUUCAGAAUAGACUCAAGGUUCUAAGAUCAGAAGAACAGUUUUCAUUACUAAUCGAUGAAUCAAAAUCAUUUGCUAGUGCUAAUUACUUGGUUGUAACUGGCUUAAAAGAAAUUUGA